AUGAGCUGCAAUGGGUGCAGAGUGUUGAGAAGAGGAUGCAGUGAACAGUGCAUCUUAAGGCCGUGUUUGGAUUGGAUCGAAAGCCCUCAAGCCCAAGCAAAUGCCACCCUUUUUGUUUCAAAGUUCUUUGGCAGGAGCGAUCUCAUGGCCUUCAUUUCUGCCGUCCCGGAAAACAAAAGACCAGCUUUGUUUCAAUCGUUGCUGUUUGAGGCGUGUGGACGGACGGUGAAUCCUGUGAAUGGAGCGGUGGGGCUUUUAUCUACCGGCAACUGGCACAUCUGCCAGGAAGCGGCGGAGACGGUAUUCGCCGGUGGAUCUCUCCGGCCGAUGUCCAACGGAAUUCUGCCUCUCAAUUCCGAUGAAGCAUCUGAGGCAGGGUGGACUGGCAAUACAUAUCAAAUUUCAGAGCCCAAUCGCUUCAUGCAUGGACCGAGCAGCCUCAUCAUCCGUGAAGCUCCGCCGCCGGAACUCAGGAUUAGUCCCGGCAUCGGGAAUAACUGCCCGAUGAUGGAGAUGUCUGCAUCGUUUGGGUCUGGAAUAUCGGAAUUAUUGCCGGGAUCCGAAAGGGAUGAGGAUGGGAUUAAUGGAGUUGGUAGCAUAGAGCCAAAACUUCUCAACCUUUUUGCAUAA